AUGGGCGCACACACACAGAACAAACGUAUUAUCGUCCUGGCGACCAUCGUUUCACGAUGUUUAGUACUUUGCAUCGCACAAAUCGCGUCGUAUCUUCCUCUGUUUGACGCGUCACCGUUUCUCCUGCUACCGAAUCCGAAUACAUCUCCGGACACGACUAUCUUCUCAAGGUGGACAUCAACCCUGCUGCGCUGGGAUGCUUUCCACUUCAGUCAUAUUGCACUCCAUGGAUACGUCUUCGAGUACGAAUGGGCGUUCUUUCCUGGUAUAGCCUUCGUCAUGCGUUACGCUGGGAUUUUGCUCCGCCGGGCGAAGGCGUACUUCGGACACGCCUCAGUGCUAUCUCUGGAAGAUGUCCUUCAGGGAGGGGCUCUUGCAGCUCUGCUCUGCGAUUUCUUGGCACCCUUGACUCUAUAUGACCUUACUGUCGAGCACUUUCAUUCUCGGGACGUUGCCCUGGUCACGGCACUUACCUCGCUACUUCCCGGUAGCCCUGCUGCCCUCCGUCAUGCACCGUAUACGGAACCUUUCUUUGCAUAUCUAUCCUAUAAAGGUAUGGUCUCUUGCACCCGUAAAAGAUACGCGGCAGCAUCCUGUUACUUCGCGGCUGCGAGUGCAUUCAGAUCCAAUGGGAUACUACUCAGUGGAUUCAUAGUAUGGGACAUCUUGCUUGCACCGAUCCUGUCGGGGACGAAACGCAUGCCCGAUAUCUUGUCAAUCUUGAAAGCUGUUAUACUUGCGGCACCGCCUCUCGUGCCGUCAAUAAUUCACCAGUACAUCGCAUAUCGACUCUUCUGCUCGCCAAACCCCAAUCUUACCUCGAUCUUCGCCCACCUACCUCCCACUGUGCAUUUCACCCCAGCUUCAUGGUGCAACAAUAUGCCUCCGUCCAUCUACACGUAUGCGCAGAGCACCUAUUGGAACGUCGGCCUGUUCCGCUACUGGACCACAGCGCAGAUACCCAACUUCCUCAUCGCAGCGCCCGUCCUCGCCCUUCUCUUCAGUUUCUCGUGGUGGUAUAUCCGGCACGCUCUAUUACCACCUCUCAAACGGAUGUUAUAUCCGCAGUCAGCAAGCCCAUCCCCUGCCCCACACUCCCGCCGAAGUGAUACUCCUGGUCACGGAGAAGCCAUCAACUCAGAUAACCUAGGGAGAGCGUUCCUGAACCCUACACUAGCUCCGCACGCCAUCCACGCUUUCAUCCUCGCCUCGACGUUGCUUUUUGCCUCGCAUGUCCAGAUCGCGUUGCGUCUCACUGCAGGCGUGCCGUUCACGUAUUGGGGAGUCGUAUGGCUACUAUCAAGGGAUAAGACUACGCCUGGUCAUCCGAACGCGGCGCCUAGAUUUCGCUGGGGCAAGAUAUGGAUUACUUGGAGUGCUAUAUGGGGUGCCCUGUCGAUUAUUCUCUGGGUCACGUUCCUCCCACCUGCUUGA